AGCACCAAGUACGCACCUGUUAACUACCCGGGAACGGAUCUCCUGGGGACCAGGAAGUCCGUAUCUAUAUAUGUACACGUGCUAUCUAAUGGUUACUUAAUCACACUUCCUGACCGCCCAUUUGUCAGCACGACCUCCCCACCUGCGACCCCGCCAACUUUCCGACCUCUAUCCACCUCUCCCUACAAUACCGUACAGUCCACAGAGCAGGACCGCAAAAACCAAACUGGCACUCAAACGCACGCUCGCCCGCAUGGCCAACUUCCAGAUCGACAUCAUCUCCGACACGGUCUGCCCCUGGUGCUACAUCGGGCACCGGCGCCUGCAGCGUGCGAUCUCCGCGUACCAGUCUCAGCACCCCACCUCCACCUUCAGCACGACCUACCACGCAUUCUACCUGAACCCGUCUGCGCCCUCUCCGUCCGUCGACAAGGCUGCGUACAUGGCCUCUCGCUUCCCCGCCGCACAACUCGCGGCAAUCCACUCCCGCCUCACCGCCGCCGGGCGCGACCUGGGAAUAACCUUCAGCUUCGGCGGCAAAACGGGGAACACGCGGUCGUCGCACCUUCUGAUCGAGCUGGGACGCUUACGCGGCGUGCAGACGGCCGUGGUCGAGCAAUUGUUCGCCGCGUACUUUGAGGCCGAGGAGGAUAUUACCGAUUUCGCGGUGUUAGUGAAGCGUGGGGUUGCCGGUGGGCUCGACGAGGAUGAGGCGUGGAAGUGGUUGCGUAGUGAUGGGGGUGGUGAGGAGGUCGAUAGCGAGGUUAAUGACGCGAAGAGACGCGGGAUCUCGGGGGUUCCCCAUUUUACUGUUAAUGGCAAGAGGAGUGUCAGUGGCGCGCAGGGUGAGAGUGCCUUCUUGGAGAUUUUUGAGGAGUUGGCGGCGGAGGAGAAUUAGAGGGGUUGGAAUUGGAGAGUUGGGGAAUAUAACGGUACAUCCAUAUCAUGCUCUUAGCCUGGAAUUCGCUGGUUAUGGAUGUGA